AAACAUGAAGGCUCUUCUUAUAUGUGCUCUUUUGGUGAACUUUGCCAAACUUUGUAACUGCACUUCAACACAUGAUCAAGUACUCUCAAUACCAGUCACAACCAAAGAACAGGCAGCUAUCGCAAGAAACAUCUCUAGUCAGAAUGAGACAGUUUUAUGGUCACCUGCAGCACCUGAGCACAUCAGAGCAGGCACUGAGGUGCACCUGUUUGUUCCUGCGAACAACCUGAGGAAUGUCAUGGAUAAUCUUCAGAGGCACAACCUAAAAUACACAGUGUUACUGGACAACACAGAGGAGCUGAUUGAGAUGCAGACCAGGAACGACUCGUCGGACCCGCGAAGCAGUGCCUCUUACUAUGAGCGAUACCAUUCUCUGGAGGAAAUAUACUUCUGGAUCAACGAGAUGGCCCAGGACCACCCAGAUAUGGUCAAGGUCCUCCUGAUUGGUUCAUCAUUUGAGAAAAACCCACUUUAUGUUCUCAAGUUGUCUGGGCGGCAAGAGAGAGCUGAAAAGAGAGCUAUGUGGAUUGAUUGUGGAAUUCAUGCUAGAGAGUGGAUCUCCCCAGCGUUCUGCCUGUGGUUUGUGCAAUAUUCCUUGAAUUUUUAUAACCAAAACAGUGAUAUCACUGAGAUGCUAGACAGUAUGGAUAUCUAUGUGCUACCUGUCAUGAAUCCUGAUGGAUAUCAGUACACAUGGACAACGAACCGAAUGUGGAGAAAGAAUCGUUCAGUAAGCCAGGACAUUAACUGUAUUGGAACAGACCUCAAUAGAAACUUUGAUGCAAACUGGUGCACAGUGGGUGCCUCCCCCAGGCCCUGUGAUGAGAUAUAUUGCGGCCUGUUCCCAGAGUCGGAGCCUGAGGCGGCGGCCGUGGCUAACUUCCUGCGCAGCCACAAAGACGUAGUGAAGCUGUACUUCUCCAUCCAUUCCUACGGGCAGAUGCUCCUCUUCCCAUACGCCUGCUCCAAUGAACAGGUGCCCAAUCACGCUGAGUUGGUUGAGCUUGUUCAAGAAGCAGCCAUGAAGAUCAAAAGGCACUACAAGAACAACUACAAAUAUGGCGCAUCAGCUGAAACAAUAUAUCUAGCCCCUGGAGGGUCUGAUGACUGGGCUUACAAUUUAGGCAUUCUCUACUCAUUCACCUUUGAGCUGGAGGACAGAGGCCGAUAUGGUUUUCUACUUCCGCCAUCCUUAAUCUCCAAGGCCUGCAAUGAAGCCCUUCUCGCAGUGAAGAGUGUUGCCAUCAGUGUCAUCCAGAAAACACAUCCCGGACUCCAACCUGAAAGCACUGACUUUGAGAACCUUUAGCAGUAUCAAGUCUGAUUCGGUCCAACUUGAUCCUGUGCAUCAACAUCUGUGUGCAUGUCUGUCAAAAAUGAUUGUAUAUUCUAUCCAGGCUUUAGUCGCUAACCAUAAAAAACGAUUUUGUUGUAUGGAGAAGAAGAGAGAAAAGAUAGUACCAAAAUGACAAUGAGUCUGAUUUAAAGCCAUACUGUAGCAGUAUACUGUAUUUCUUCCGUGGGAAAUGGCUCAGACUGCUCGACGCAACCUUUUCAGUGUUUUUAAGUAGUUUCAGUAUGUGAUUUUGUAGUAGUAAGUAUUCAUAGCUACGAAUGAAAUCCUUCUCUCAACUGUUAUAUUUUCAUUCCAACUUUAUAUUUUCCUAGUUUUUAAAAUUUAAACACUCUAAUUGGGUGAUCUAUGUAGGCUUGUAAUGGCAUGUCAAGAUGCAGAGAUUCCAACUCUGCAAGUCUUAAACAAGCCUUAACUUUCAAUCAUCAUAUCCCAAGUGAUAAUGGGAAACCCACAAAGUCUCAAGUAAAACCACACAUUUCUAAUUCUCAAGUAAAGUCUCAAGUAAAGCCACACAUUUCUAAUUCUCAAGUAAAGUCUCAAGUAAAGCCACACAUUUCUAAUUCUCAAGUAAAGUCUCAAGUAAAGCCACACAUUUCUAAUUCUCAAGUAAAACCACACAUUUCUAAUUCUCAAGUAAAGUCUCAAGUAAAGCCACACAUUUCUAAUUCUCAAGUAAAGUCUCAAGUAAAACCACGCAUUUUCCUACUCAGGUUGAGUCAUCAACAAUCUCCAAAUUGGGGGUUUUAUGUCUGCAAUUGAAUGUUUAGGGGCUCAAUGCCAAUUCUUGUGCACAUUUUUUGUUUUUCUUCCACUCCAAGCCAGUCUACUUGGGAACACAAGGUAGCUGGCUGGUUUAAUGAGGACAGCAAUCAUUUAUGUCUAUCCUUAAAUCAUUACAGUAUCUCUAAUAAAUCACAGUGCUUAUUUGAUUUACAAAUUUUUUUAAUGUAUUUACCUGAGGGUCUUGAUUAUGCAGGCAUUAGGAAUUUAUUUACCUACAGCUCUGGAAAAAAUUAAGAGACCACUGCACCCUGAACACUGGCAAAUACUGAUGAACACUUUCCCAAAGCUGAGAGAAUGAAAAAAAGAGUGUAAAGGCUACUUAGAACUUCCAGUUGCUCCUUGCAGCGGGUGUGCGACGAUGCAACAUCCACAAGCGAAGUGAAAUCCCAGAAGACCUCAAAAUAUUUUAUAAUCAGUUUGGGGGAAAAAAACCUCAAAGUGAUCAUGUUUUGUAAAUGUAUUUCAGUGAAUGUGGAGAAAAAAAAGUCACAAUGUGAGAAGUCAAUGAGAAAUAAAACAUCAGAAUCUAUGACAUUUUUGGAAUGCAUUGCAGUCAAUUUGACUUUUUCUUAACAACACUGCAUUAACAGAGACAUCAUACAUUGGGAUGCAUUGGAGUUAAUGAGAAUUAAAUAUGUUACACAUUA